AUGAGCAGAUAUCUUAAAAAUCUUCAUAAACCUUGCGAUAAAUUAGAUAAAUACGAUAAUGAGCCUAAGAGUCCGUUUCUCAACUUGAAACUUUCUGAUAUAAGGAAAUAUCGUCGGCAUAGUCAGUUCCAACAAUGUCCACUAAAGAAACAACCAUCUUUCAAUGAUGAUGAUGAGCCAAACCCAGCAAUUCCACCAGAAAUUCACAUUGCCAAAUUGCGUUUCUAUGCAAGAAAUACGCCGAUUCCUAAGAUGCUUAAAGUUACUGAACAACAAAUCUUCAGCUUUUUACCAAAGCGUUUGAGUGAUAAUUAUCCAGAGAUUGUUGCUGAUUACAUGUCUGAAGUUCAUGAAGAACAUGAUCGUCUUGUAAAAGGGUUCAGCAUGUAUAAGCUUUUAAAGCCAUUGCCUGAUGAUUUCAUUCCAACUCGUGACGACUUUCGAUUUAAACGUCUAGGAAAAUCAAGCAAUUAUAAUAAUUACUUGAAGAAUCGUGAAAAGAUUAAGAAAAAUCUUAUGCUUUUGUAUCCUUUUGUCAGAUGUAUAAAUUAUCAUUCAAAUAUUGAUUUCCCUGAAAUCUUGAAUAAUUUCGGAAGAUAUCGAGCGAUGGGUGAACUGGGAAUUCAUGACAUUCGUGAUUUCACAAAGAAAGAUCUUGCUGAAAAUUCUGCAUUCAUCAAGAAAACUUUUUAUCCAAAAAUCAUAAAAAUAAUACGAAAUCACUAUGGAAAGCAACUUAAAUAUCAACUCACGCGCAAUCAGUGGCAAAAAGCAUGGAAUUGUGCAACAGGUUUAAUAGCUCGACAAAUAAACAAUCUUAAAAUGCGAACCAUUGAACAUUUGAAUGAAGUUCUUCUUAAAUCUACACAAAUUCCUUUUCUUAAAGUCAUUGCGAUAUGUGAAAGUCACAUUGAUUUAUGUCCAACACUUGAUGAAAUAUUUGACAUGUAUCACAAUUUUAUCGACAUCAUUAAUGAGAUUGGAAACAAUCUUGAGCCACUUGAGACUUUGAUUGAUAAGAAGAAAUUUGAAACUUCCCGAAUUACAAUCAAAGUUGAUCUUGGUGAGAUGAUUUUGAAGAGUAUUCACUCGAAACUUCAGGAAACACUUGAGAUUGCUUAUGCUCCUAUUAAAAUAUAUCUUGAAAGUUUUCAAAUGCAAUUUUAUAGUUUACAAUCGAAAAAGGAACAAAAUGAUCUCAUUGAAUAUCUCGAAGAACCACGAAGCUUUGAUGAAUAUUUUGAAGUUGUUGAGAAAUACCAAAUUCACAUAGACAACCUUCGACUUCUGAUUCAGAAAGAAUUCUUCAAUGAAGCGAUUAUCAGUCAAUCAGAUGCAAUCGAAAGCUUGAGACGUAUUGGAGAAAAUAGUUUGAAAAAAAUCACUGCAAGCAUUGUUCGAGAACAUAAGAAAGAAAUUCGAAGCAUUUCAAAUGAAUAUGAAGAGAUCAAGAGACGAGCUUUGGAAAUUCCAUUAACAACUGAACAUUUGUUUGAAACUGGCGAAUACAUGUUGAAUGUUAAGAAGAAUGUCAUCGAUGAAUUAGGUGAAAGAAUUCGUUUCACUUUACGAGUCACUGGAUUGAUCGUUGAGUUGACGGAAAUGGAUAAUGAACACAUAAAACUUCAACGAGAAGUCAUUGACUGGUAUCACAACACUUCACAUAUAUUUGAACUUGGAGGAACAAAUUUUGAAACAAUGAAAUAUCAGUUUGAGGAAAAACUUUUAUUUGUUUCGAAACAAAUACAAGAUCGUUUGAAAGAACUCGCUCCAAACCUAACAAUCAUUAAUGACAUGACCAAUUCAACCAAGUUCAAGGAAUAUGAACGCAUUUUGAAGAAGUUUGUCGAUCAAAUUGUUGUGUUUGAUGAUCAUGUGAAGUGGCUGAAUAAGGAAGAAGUUUUGUUUAAAUUUCCAAAGACUCAAUCAGCGCUUCUAGAAAGUAUGAAGACUUUUGUAAUUCCUUUCUGUUUGCUUAUCAAACUUUGCAUUCGUUGGUAUCGCUACUAUGAUGUAUGGAUGGACGGCUGUUUUGAGUACCUUGAUCCAAAAUUUGUACAAAUCACAACUGAAGAAUUCUUGAAAGAUUUCCAGAAAACCCAAAAAUUCUACCGGAACUUAAUAAAAGCUGAAAAUGAAUUUCCUGAAUGCAGAUUCAAAGGGCAAUUAGAAGAUCCCGACAUUGAAAAGCUUCCAUCGCCUUUAAAAAUUUGUGCUCGGAUGAUUCAAACGAUCAAAGAUUUCAGAAUUGGUGUUCAUGUUGUGACGAUUAUGUGCAAUCCGGCUUUACGUGAACGUCAUUGGAAUGAAAUGUCUGAAGUAGCUAAAAUGGAUCUGCAACCUGAUGCUGGUACAACAUUAAGAAAAAUUAUCAAUUACAACCUUCCGUGCUUGGAUGAAUGUGAAAUCAUUUCGAUUGGCGCUUGUAAAGAACUUCAAUUGCAACAAAACUUAGCAGCAAUGAUGAAAGAAUGGAAUGUUGUAAAUUUUUCACUCAGUGAAUUUAAAAACACUGGAAUUACAAUUCUAAGCAGCAUUGAAGACGUUCAAGCAAUACUUGACGAUCACAUUAUUAAAACACUUUCAAUGCGUGGGAGUGCAUUUGUGAAACCGAGUGAAGAUGAAGUUAAAGAUUGGUUUAAUAAAUUAAUUCGUGUUCAAUCAACAAUCGAGCAGUGGGGAAAAGUUCAAUCAACUUGGUUAUAUUUGUUGCCAAUUUUCACAUCAAAAGACAUCGUUGCGCAAAUGCCAGAAGAAGGAAGAUAUUUUGUUCAAGUUGAUAACAUUUACAAGCGUUACAUGAUGGCAGUUGUGAAGGAACCGAAUGUCAUGGAAACUGCAGCACAACCAGGACUCUUAGAAUCAAUGAUUGAAGCUAAUGGAAUGUUAGAGAAAGUUAUUGUUGGUGUGAAUAAUUACUUAGAGAAAAAAAGGCUUUUCUUUCCUCGCUUCUUCUUUCUCUCAAAUGAUGAAAUGUUGGAGAUUCUCUCAGAAACAAAAGACCCAUUGCGAGUUCAAUCACAUCUUAGUAAAUGUUUUGAAGGAAUUAAUAAAUUAGAUUUCAACGAUUUACUUGAAGCAUCGGCAAUGAUAAGUGUUGAAGGUGAGAGAGUUAAAUUCAUUGAAAAAGUUUCAACAGCAGCCGCACGUGGAAGUGUUGAGAAAUGGUUGUCACAAGUCGAACAUCAAAUGUUGGCAUCGAUAAAAGAUGAAACGUCAAGAAGUUUCUUAAGUUACCAGGAAACAAAACGAACUGAAUGGAUAACACAAUGGCCAGGAAUGGUCGUUCUUGCUGUUUCACAGAUCUACUGGUGUGUCGACAUUGAAUCUCGUUUAAAGACAAAUGAACUGAAGGAUUAUUAUGAAUUUCUUCAAAUACAACUUCGUGAAACUGUUGGGAUGAUUCGAAGUGAGAAAAUAUCGAAUUUAGAUCGAGUUACAGUUAAAGCUUUGAUUGUGAUUGAUGUUCAUGCAAAAGAUGUUUUGGAAGAAGUUGUAAAGUGCAAUGUGACGUCUGAAGAUAAUUUCCAAUGGAUUAGACAAUUAAGAUAUUACAUGGUAGAUGAUGCUGUUCAAGUUAGAAUAAUAAAUGCUUGCGUUCCAUAUGGAUAUGAAUAUUUAGGAAAUUCUGAUCGAUUGGUUAUCACGCCAUUAACUGAUCGUUGUUACAUGACUUUGAUGUGUGCUUAUCAAUUGCAUUUAAAUGGUGCACCUGAAGGUCCGGCAGGAACUGGCAAAACUGAAACUACUAAAGAUCUUGCAAAAGCACUCGCUGUUCAGUGUAAAGUGUUCAAUUGUUCAGAUGGUCUCGAUUAUAAGUCGAUGGGAAAAUUCUUUAAAGGUUUGGCAGCAUCAGGUGCAUGGGCUUGCUUCGAUGAAUUUAAUCGAAUUGAACUUGAGGUAUUGUCGGUUAUUGCACAACAAAUCUUGUCAAUUGUUCAAGCAGUGAGAAAUGGUGUUGAGAAAUUCAUGUUUGAAGGAACUGAAUUACCUUUAAAUCCUUCGUGCUAUGUUUGCAUUACAAUGAAUCCGGGAUAUGCUGGAAGAAGUGAAUUACCAGAUAAUCUGAAAGUUCUCUUUCGAUCUAUUGCAAUGAUGGUUCCCGAUUAUGCUUUGAUUGGUGAAAUUUCACUUUACAGUUAUGGCUUCGUCAAUGCACGAGAACUUUCAGUCAAAAUCGUCACAACAUAUCGAUUAUGUUCGGAACAGUUGAGUUCUCAAAAUCAUUACGAUUAUGGAAUGCGAGCUGUCAAAACCGUACUUCAAGCAUGUGGAAACUUAAAAAAGAAAUUCCCUAAUGAACGAGAAGACGUUCUUCUCCUUCGAAGUCUUUUGGAUGUAAAUCUUCCAAAGUUUUUGACCAUCGACAUUCCAUUAUUCCAAGGAAUUAUUUCCGAUCUCUUUCCCAAUGUUGAAAUUCCUGAAACUGAUUACGGACAUUUCACAGAAAUAUUUAAAAAUAUCUGCGAAUCGAUGAAUCUUCAACCUAAAGAAGAAUUUAUGUUGAAAGUUAUUCAAACAUUCGAAAUGUUGAUCGUUCGUCAUGGCUUUAUGUUGGUUGGUGAACCUUUGUCUGGAAAGACAGCAGCUUUAACUGUUCUUGCAGAAUGUUUAACACAAUUAGCUAAACGUUAUCCCGAUGAAAAUCCUUACUAUCGAAAGGUUCAAUUUGAUACAAUAAACCCUAAAUCGAUAACUUUAGGUCAACUCUACGGUGCAUUUGAUCCCGUGUCGAUGGAGUGGAGUGACGGAGUUGCUGCCACAUUAUUUCGUAACUACGCUUCAGAUCCAUCGCCUGACCGGAAAUGGAUCAUUUUUGAUGGCCCUGUUGAUGCUGUUUGGAUUGAAAAUAUGAAUACGGUUUUGGAUGACAAUAAAAAGCUUUGCUUAACAUCUGGUGAAGUCAUCACAAUGUCACAAGAAAUGUCAAUGAUAUUUGAAGUCAUGGAUUUGGCUCAAGCAUCGCCAGCUACUGUUAGUAGAUGUGGAAUGAUUUAUAUGGAGACAAUUGUGCUUGGAUGGGAGGCUUUCGCACUUUCCUGGCUCAAUGUAUGCAACCCAAUGUGGGCUGGAGAUCAUAAAGUGAUGAUUAUGGGAAUGUUUCGUUGGAUUAUUCCUGAUUGUUUGACUUUCAUAAAAAGAAAUUGUCAAAUGUUUCUCAAAUCAAGUGACAUUAACAUUAUUCUGUCAACCUUUUCAAUCUUUGAGAUGCUUUUGAAUGAUGCGUGUGAAGAAAAUCAAGAAGAAUACGCGAAAUUCUUGACAUCUUGGUUUCAAGCUGCAAUUUCUUACGCUGUUAUGUGGGGAUUAGGUGGAAUAAUGAAUACGGAAUCUCGCACCAAGUUUGAUGAGUUUUAUCGAGAGAUUUGGAAUAAGCAAAUCCCGACAGAAGUUGGAAGAAUUGAAGUGACAAUUCCUCCAGAUGGUCUCAUCUUUGACUAUGUUUAUAUUUUUAAGCAAAAAGGUGCAUGGAAACUUUGGCCAGAUCUUGUACGAAACAUGAAAAUUGAGACUGGCGUGGCAAUUCAAGUGCCAACAAUUGACACUGCCCGAUAUUCUCACAUGUUUAAUUUGCAUUUCAAGUAUCAAAGACCUUUUUUGUUAGUGGGACCAACAGGAACAGGAAAAUCAUUCUACAUUCAAAAUAAUCUCAUGAAACUACCGGAGGAAACUUACGUUCCAGCAUUCGUCACAUUCACAACGCAAAUAACAGCAAAUCAAGUUCAAGAGCUGGUUUUAUCAAAGCUCAUAAAGAAGAGGAAAGGAAUUUAUGGUCCACCUCAGGAUCGAAAAUGUAUUUUGUUCAUUGAUGAUAUGAACAUGCCUGCAAAAGAUGAGUAUGGCGCACAAGCACCAAUCGAAUUAAUUCGCCAAUAUUUUGACAAGAAGCACUGGUACGACACAAAAGAUACAACAAAGAUUUACUUAAAAGAUUUAUUGAUCGUUGCUGCUUGUGGACUUGUUGGUGGUUCACGUCAAGAUGUUUAUGCAAGAUUUCUUUGCCAUUUCAAUAUCUUUGCCAUCAAUCUUUUCUCGGAUGAAACAAAUUUUAAGAUUUUUCAUUCUAUUCUUGUGGAUGUUUACAAACGAAAUGGUCAUCCAAACGAUGUUAUUCAAAGCUGCAACAACAUUGUUUCAUCGACUAUUGAAAUUUAUAAUUUUGCGAUUAAAAACAUUCUUCCAACACCUUCAAAGUCACAUUAUGUAUUCAAUCUUCGUGAUAUUUCACGUGUCAUCACCGGUUGCGGAUUGUUAAGAAGAGAAUCAACAGACACGAAGAAAAUGUUUACAAAAAUUUGGUGUCAUGAGACGUUGCGCGUAUUUUUUGAUCGAUUAAUGGACGAUAAAGAUCGUGUUGAAGCUUUUAAAAAAAUCAAUAAAUGUAUUCAAACUUUCUUCAAAGAUAAACCAGAAGAAUUGUUUGAAGAUCUUAUGGGAGAUGGCCCGUUGACAUAUCAAAAAAUGAACGGACUUUUAUUUGGAAGUUACUUCGAUAUGGACACUGAUUAUGAAGAUCGAAAAUAUGAACUCAUUCAGAAUGUUGAUGCAUUUAGAAAUCUCGCUUAUCAAUGUUUGGAUGAAUAUAAUUCCACUCACAAGACUAAGAUGGAUGUUGUGUUAUUUGAAUAUGCUUUGCAACAUCUCAAUAAGAUUUGUCGUAUUAUGAGCUUACCUGGGGGGUCAGCUUUGCUUGUUGGCAUGAGUGGUUCAGGUCGUCAAUCAAUGGCAACGCUAGCAGCAGCAAUUCUUAAUCAAAGUUUAUUUCAACCAGAAAUCACAAAGAAUUAUGGUCUCAAUGAAUUUCGUGAUGAUCUUAAAAUUAUGUUGAAAGAAGCUGGCGGACUUGGCAAAGACACGGUUUUCCUUUUCACAGAAGGUCAGAUGAAGAUGGAAGAAUUUCUUCAAGACAUCGACUGCUUAUUGAAUCUUGGAGAAGUUCCAAACAUUUACCAAAUUGAAGAGAAACAAGAAUUACUUGAAAUGGUGCGUUUAGCAGCUCAAGGUGGAAAUCGUAAUCUCGACAUUCCGCCACUUCAAGUUUUUCAAUUCUUUGUUAAUCGUUGCAAGUUGAAGCUUCAUCUCGUACUUUGUUUCAGUCCCAUUGGAUCAUCAUUCAGAAAUCGUAUUCGAUUGUAUCCUUCAUUAGUGAAUUGUUGUACAAUUGAUUGGUAUGAUGAUUGGCCUGAAGAUGCACUUGAAAUGGUCGCUCAUAAAUUUAUUAAAGAUAUGAACAUUCCUGAUGACAUCAAAGACAGUGUCGUGAAGAUUUUACAAAACUUUCAUACGACUGGUUUACGACUUGCUGAAGAGUUUUAUCAGGAAACUGGUCGUGUAAUUUAUUUCACAUCUGCCAGUUACCUCGAAGUCAUCAAAUCAUUUUGUGGAAUGAUUAAGAAGAAGCAGAAAGAAGUUCUCGAUAAUAAAAUGCGUUAUUUAGUCGGAUUAGAUCGUCUGCAAGCUGCAGCUGAUACUGUCGCUCAAAUGCAAAUUGACUUAGAAGCAAAGCAACCUGAGCUCAUUAUUCUUGCUGAAGAUUCUCGUCGAAUGAUGGAAGAAAUUGAAAAGGAAUCAAUGGAAGCUGAACUAGCAACGGAACAAGUGAAACGAGAUGAAAUUGUUGCAAAUAAACAAGCAGCUGAGUCACUCGCGCUCAAUGCUGAAUGUGAAAAAGAUCUCGCAAGUGCAAUUCCAAUUUUGGAAGACGCAAUUCAAUCGUUGAAUACUCUGAAACCAGCUGACAUCACACUCGUGAAAUCAAUGAAAAACCCUCCAGAUACAGUGAAACUUGUCAUGGCUGCUGUUUGUGUUAUGAAGUCAGUUCCACCUGACAAAAUUGCAGAUUCAUCAGGAAAGAAAAUUCUUGACUUCUGGGGUCCAAGUAAGAAAUUAUUGGGCGACAUGCAAUUUCUGCAAUCACUUAAAGAUUACGACAAAGACAAUAUCAAACCAGAAAUUAUGGUGAAGAUUCGAAAAGAUUUUAUUCCUCAUAAAGACUUUCAACCGUCGAUUGUGGCAAAAGCUUCGAGUGCUGCUGAAGGUCUCUGUAAAUGGAUCAUCGCUAUGAAUCUUUAUGAUGCUGUUGCAAAAGUUGUAGCACCUAAGAAAGCGAAACUAGAAGAAUCCAAAAGAAUUUACGAAGAAACAAUGAUUUUGUUAGCAGAGAAACGUGAAUUGGCAGCGCAAUUAGAAAUGCGAGUCAUUCAAUUGAACAAUGAUCUCGAUGAUGCGCAAUUACGUCGACAAAUGGUUGAAGAUGAAGUUGAAUUGUGUCGUAAAAAGCUGAUAAGAGCUGAGACACUUCUUGGAGGUCUUGGAGGUGAAGGUAAACGUUGGGUGAGUUCAGCUGGUGAACUUCAAUCAAUUUACGAUUGUCUUCCUGGCGAUGUUCUAAUUUCUUGUGGAUUAAUUUCUUAUUUGUCACCAUUAACAACAAAAUAUCGAACGAAAGCUGUUACCAGUUGGCAUAAACUCUGCACCGAAAUGAAGAUUCCACAAUCACUUGAGUUCAACUUUAUUGCGAUCUUAGGAUCAGAAAUAAAAAUUCAAAAUUGGAACAUCAAUGGAUUGCCACGUGAUUUGUUUUCAAUCGAGAAUGGAAUAAUUAUGGAGAAUUCAAGUCAAUAUUCAUUGUUCAUUGAUCCACAAAAUCAAGCUAAUAAAUGGAUUAAAGAAAUGGAAAGAAACAAUCAAUUAUAUGUUGUAAAGUUUUCUCAGAAAGAUUACAUGAAGACGAUCGAAAAUUGUAUCGAGAAUGGCCAUCCAGUGUUGAUUGAGAAUAUUUAUGAGAAUCUUGAAGCACCACUCGAUCCACUGUUGAAGAAACAAACUUUCAUGCAAGGUGGUUACGAGUUUAUAAGUUUAGGUGAAAAUGUUUUACAAAUGUCACCAAACUUCCGUCUUUACAUGACGACAUCAUUACGUAAUCCACAUUAUCUUCCUGAAGUGUUCAACAAAGUCACAGUCAUCAACUUCGCAUUGACAAUUGAAGGUCUUGAAGAUCAGUUACUUGGAAUUGUUGUAGCUAAAGAACGUCCCGACCUUCAAGAACUUCGAGAAGAACUCACAAAAACUAAAGCAAAGAAUCAAGAAAUGUUGAAAGCUGUUGAAGAUAACAUUCUUAAGACACUCUCUGAAUCCACUGGUGACAUUCUCGAAGAUGAAAGUGCAAUAAGAAUGCUUGAUGACUCGAAGGUUCUUGCUGUUGAUAUAAAAUCAAAACAAGAAGAAUCUGUUUCGACUGAAUUAUUAUUAGAAACAUUCCGUGAAAGUUAUCAUUCAGUAGCGACGCAUGCAGCGACAAUUUAUUACUCAAUAACUGAUCUUCCAAACGUUGAUCCAAUGUAUCAAUUCUCACUUAGUUGGUACAUAAAUCUCUUCAUUUUCAGUAUCGAAAAUGCCAACAAAUCGAAGGAAAUUAUGAAACGAUUAAAGUUUCUUAUCGAUGCAAUCACCAUCAACUUAUAUAAUAAUGUUUGUCGUUCACUCUUCGAAAAAGAUAAACUUUUAUUUUCCUUCAUUUUAACAACAAAAAUUAUGAUUUCAAAUCAACAAAUGACAUUGACAGACUUGGAUUUUCUGUUCACAUCUAAGUAUAGUGUUGAUAUGGAUAAAUUUACGAAUCCUGAUCCGAGUUGGAUAACAGAAAAGAUUUGGUGGAGUAUCGCAAGGUUAAGUCAGUUGAAAGGCUUCAAAGGGUUCAUUGAUGAUUUCAAGAAUCACUUAAGUCAUUGGAAAUCAAUUUUCAAUGCAAUUCAACCUGAAAAGAUUGAAAUGCCUGGCAUUUGGAAUUCAUCUUUAACGACGUUUGAGAAGUUGCUGGUGUUGAAUGCAAUUCGACCUGAUAAACUCACCGCUGGUAUCGCAAUGUUUAUUGAAAGCCAGAUGGGAUCAAAAUUUAAUUCGCCGCCACCUUUCGACAUUGGAAAAUCAUUUGAAGAUAGUAAUUGUUUAACUCCGGUAAUCUUCAUUCUCUCACCAGGUGUUGAUCCCAUGCAGUCAAUCAUAUCUUACGCUGAAAAAUUGAAAUUUGACGAAACAUUCCAAUCAGUGUCACUCGGACAAGGUCAAGGAGAAAUCGCACGAAGAAUGAUUGAAAAGGCUCAAGUUGAUGGUGGUUGGGUUUGUCUUCAAAAUUGUCAUUUAGCUGAAUCGUGGAUGCCAACAUUAGAAAUGAUGUGGGAGAAGAUGGAUAUGUUCAACACUGACCCGACUUUUCGUCUUUGGUUGACUUCGUACCCUUCGAAAUCAUUUCCACAAACGAUUCUGCAGAACGGCGUUAAGAUCACAAAUGAACCACCAACUGGACUCCAGAAGAAUCUUCUUCGUUCUUAUAAUUCCGAGCCGAUGAACGUUGAUUCAUUCUAUUCAGGAUGCCCUGAUAAAGAUCGAGCUUUUACAAAGCUUCUUUACGGCAUUUCAUUCUUUCAUGCAGUGGUGCAAGAACGUCGGAAGUUUGGUGCACUUGGUUGGAACAUUCUUUAUGGUUUCAAUGAAUCAGAUUUUCAGAUAACAGUUCAACAAUUGCAAAUGUUCCUAAAUGAAUAUGUGGAGAUUCCAUUCGAUGCAAUUUCUUACUUGACUGGGGAAUGUAAUUAUGGUGGGAGGGUAACUGAUGCAUGGGAUCGUCGAACUAUCGUCACAAUUCUCAAAGAUUUUGUCAAUGAAGAUGUUGUUAAUGAUCCGAUUUAUAAGUUUACAAAGUUUGAUGAAACUUAUAUCAUACCAAGACGUGUCGAACAUCGUGAAGUUGUUAAACAUGUCAAUGAAACGAUUCCGAAUGAUCCCAGUCCGGAAAUUUUCGGUCUUCAUCCAAAUGCCGGAAUUAUCAGAGACUUAAACGAAUCACUUUUGUUAGCUGAAACGUUCAACAGCACUUUGGUUCAAUCAGUUAAAUCCAGUUCGGAUGAAGAUUUGAUUUUAGGAAUGGUUGAAGAUAUUUUACAAAGAUUACCAAAAGAUUUUGAUGUUGAACAAGCACAAGAGAAAUAUCCGAUCGAUUACAAUGAAUCAAUGAAUACUGUUUUAGUUCAGGAAAUGGAAAGAUUAAACAUUCUUCUUCGUGAGAUAAGGAAAAGUUGUGAAAAUCUUCGCGAUGCAACAAGUGGAAAAAUUGUAAUGACGGCAAUCAUUGAAAAUGUUUCGAAAUCUUUAACAUUGAGUAAAAUUCCGACAAUUUGGACGAAGAAAUCUUAUCCGAGUUUGAAGAAUGUCGGAUCGUACAUCACGGACUUUAUCAAACGACUUGAUUUCCUUCAGACAUGGUAUGAGAAUGGAAAACCAGCAUGUUUUUGGAUUUCUGGCUUCUUCUUCACGCAAGCUUUCCUAACUGGCGUCACACAAAACUAUGCAAGAAAAUAUAAAAUUCCGAUCGAUACUUUGACAUUUGAUUUCAACAUUCUAGAUUUCAUGGAUCCUGAAAAAUCACUUGAGUCACCAACUGAUGGAGUUUAUGUUCAUGGUUUGUACAUUGAAGGUGCAAGAUGGGAUGUCAAAGAAAGAUCGUUGAAUGAACAACAUCCAAAAGUGAUCAUCAAUAAUUUUCCACUAAUUCAUUUCAUUCCAUUAAUCCAAUCAAAUUUCCAUGAGAAUUCACGAUAUAAAUCGCCACUUUACAAGACAUCGGAGAGAAAAGGAAUUUUAUCAACGACCGGACAUUCUACAAAUUAUGUCAUUGCUUUGAUGCUUGACACAAAAGUCGAUCCCCAACAUUGGAUAAAACGUGGUGUUGCUCUUCUUUGUCAAGACAAUGAUUAA